AAAAUAUGUUAUGUGCCCUAUUCGAAAUCUUACCCCAAAAUCUUAUCUCUUAACGAGUCCCAACUCCCAACCCCAGCCAGGUCCUCUAACCACACUGCCCACUGCCUUUCAAACCCCAAAAGAGUCCAAUUAGGUUUUCGGGUUCGUUUCGAAAAAAAAAAGCCCAAACCUUUUCUCUCUGUCUCGUUUGGCAUCGUUUCUCUCUCUUCUUUCUCUCUCUUUCGCUCCUCUCUUCUCUCUCUGUUAAACCCUAGAUCUCGAGCUCUCGCGGAGCCCUGAAGCUCGGUCUCCGAGCUUCGACUUCGGCCUCAACGGAAGGUUCUUCUCUCGGUUUUGAGGAUCCAUGGAUAGGCUCUAAAAUUUUCUAUUCUUGUUUGAAGAUCAAUGAUGGACUCUAAUCUGAUGGACUGCAUUGAAUCUAGGAUAUUUAUACUUGCAAGGAAAGAUGGCUGCAUCUGUUGAAGACCAGAUGGUCUCUACUAAUGUUGAAACUCAUAUGGUCACCACUCAUGGUGAAACCCACAUGGUCACCACUCAUGAUGAUUCCCAUAUAGUCACCACUCGUGUUGAAACCCAGAUGAUUGCAACUCCUGUUGACCACCAGAAUCACCAGAUGGUGACGACUGAACACCAGAUGGUCACCACUCCUAUGGAAGACCAGAUGGUUGAACACCAGAUGGUUGAGCAUCAGAUGGUCUCCACUCCUAUGGAACACCAGAUGGUCAUGACCCAUGUUGAAGACCAAAUGGUGAGUACUCCUCUUGAAGAUAAGAUUAUGGAGACCCCUAACAGUGAGAAGAUGGAAACCCCUGAUGAAGACAAGAUGUUAACCCCUUAUGAGGAGAAGAUGUUAACCUUAACCCCUUAUGAAGAGAAGACGCCAAACUUGUAUGAAAACAAUGAGGUGACUAAUUCAGAAACACAGCCUAACAAGCGGAGGAAGAAGAAGUCUAUAGUCUGGGAGCACUUCACAAUUGAAACUGUGAGUGCUGGAUGUCGGAGGGCAUGCUGUAAGCAGUGCAAGCAAAGUUUUGCAUAUAGUACAGGUUCGAAAGUUGCAGGUACAAGCCACCUAAAACGCCAUAUUGCAAAGGGAACCUGCCCUGCAUUGCUUCGUAACCAGGAUAAGAACCAGUUAAGCCCAUAUACCCCUAAUUCAAGGACGGGCAAUAGCCCUUCUGAUCCACCAAAACGACGAUACCGAACUAGUAGUGUACCCCAAAUUAUGUUUGACGCUGACCGGUGCCGCCAUGAGAUUGCUAGGAUGAUCAUUAUGCAUGAUUAUCCCCUUCAUAUGGUUGAACAUCCAGGGUUUUUAACUUUUGUUCAGAAUCUUCAGCCGCAGUUCAACAUGGUGAGCUUCAACACCGUCCAAGGGGAUUGUGUUGCAACAUAUCUAAUGGAAAAGCAGCACCUUAUGAAGUUUAUUGAGGGCAUACCUGGUCGUGUUUGCCUUGCCCUGGACUUGUGGACUUCAAGUCAAAGUGUUGGUUAUGUUUUUAUCACCGGUCACUUCAUUGAUAGUGAUUGGAAAUUGCAAAAGAGACUUCUUAAUGUUGUGAUGGAACCAUAUCCCGACUCAGAUACUGCCUUUAGCCAUGCUGUUGCUGUUUGUCUUCAUGAUUGGAGUUUGGAGAACAAAUUGUUUUCUCUUACAUAUAAUCAGCCACUCAGUGAAGCUGCACUUGAAAAUUUGAGGCCUCUACUCUCCAUUAAGAACCCACUUAUCCUUAAUGGCCAAUUAUUGGUUGGGAAUUGCCUUGCCCGUGCUUUCAGCAGUAUUGCUAAGGAUGUUUUAUAUGAAGUUAAUGAAAAUGUCAGAAAGGUUCGGGAAAGUGUAAAGUUUGUGAAGACUUCAGAAUCCCACGAGGAAAAGUUCCUUGAGCUCAAGCAACAUCUUCAGGUCCCAAGUGAAAGGACCCUGUCUCUAGAUGACCAAACUCAAUGGAAUACAACAUAUCAAAUGCUAGUGGCUUCUUCCGAGUUAAAGGAAGUCUUCUCUUGCUUGGAUACAUCUGAUCCAGAUUACAAAGCAGCCCCGUCCAUGGAUGAUUGGAAGCAGGUUGAGAUAGUAUGCAUGUACUUGAAGCUUCUCUUUGAUGCAGUUAACAUCCUUACUAACACAACCAACCCAACCGCAAUUACUUUCUUCCAUGAAGUAUGGAAGAUUCAGUCAGAGCUUGUUCGUGCAGCUACAAGUGAAGAUCCUUUCAUCAAUGCCUUAACGAAAAGAAUGCAGGAAAAAAUUGAUAAAUACUGGAAGGAGUGUAGCCUGGCUUUGGCAACUGCAGUAGUCAUGGAUCCUCGCUUCAAAAUGAAGCUAGUUGAAUUUAGCUUCAACAAAAUCUAUGGUGAAGAUGCCCCUACAUAUAUCAAGGUAGUUGAUGAUGGAAUUCAUGAGCUUUUUCAUGAAUAUGUGGCUCUGCCUCUGCCCUUGACGCCCACUUAUGCUGAAGAAGGAAAUUCAGGCAGCGGUAGGACAGACGAACAGCAAGGAGGAACUCUUUUGUCGGACAAUGGACUCACAGAUUUUGAUGUCUACAUCAUGGAGACCACAAGCCAACAGAUGAAAUCAGAGCUGGACCAGUAUUUGGACGAGUCUCUAUUGCCUCGUGUCCAAGAGUUUGAUGUGUUGGGGUGGUGGAAACUGAACAAACUGAAGUACCCAACUCUUUCAAAAAUGGCUCGUGACAUUUUGUCAAUUCCAGUAUCCACAGUUCCUCCGGAAUCUAUAUUUGACACCACUGCCAAAGAGAUGGAUGGGUACCGAAGUUCAUUGCGGCCUGAGACCGUUGAAGCCCUCAUAUGUGCCAAAGAUUGGAUGCAGUAUGGUUCAUCAGGCAUUUCAAAUGCUCUUGUAAGAAUGGAAUAUUGAUGAGUUUCUGGGCUUGUUAGUAUCACCCUCAGAUUGUGAAAUAUGUUUGGUGAUAUUUUUUGCUCGGCCAGAACUCAAAAUGUAAGUUGGUAGGUGCUGUAUUAUUUAUUUAGCCAUUAGUUUUAAUUUCGCCAUUAGGUUGGGAUUUUGUAUCAUUCUCAGAGACCAUUUGUAAUGCUUGGACAUGACACCAUUUCUUAGCUUGUUAGUGUUAGAUCUUUGCAGCUUCAAAGGUUCCAACAUAAUGGGUAUUUAUCCAUAAAAAGCUUGUUCGAUGUAUGAAACUUUGGAACUGGACAGGUUUUAGACCAGGUUCAUCACAUGUGAUAUGAGUAUUGGACCAGGAUAACAGUCUUAAUUAGCCUGGCAGGACUAGAAAGGAGCUUUAUGGGAAAUUGUAUAUGACUACUGUUUGAUUCUUCCAACACUUCUUUUUUUAAAAUGUAAAAUAAAGUUUUGGCUCUGUGCAGUAGAA